AUGUCUUCGGCGAUAGACAUAAUGGACAGUGCCGGAUACAUCCAGACCAGCCUGAUCUGGGUGGCGUAUGCCGUGGCCGUCGGUAUAGCUCUCAUCAUCGGAGCUCUGGUGACCUUCACCUGGCAAGACCACCGGGAGAGGUCUGUUCUUGUCAGCACCGUUGCCACGAUUAGUCUCACGGCCUUGCUUGCGACCGUGCUCCUGCUCCCCGUCGACAUCGCUCUCGUCUCGUCCACCACCGAUGCCGCCCUCGGCGUCAAGAAGGACUGGGCGACCGCUUCGCGCGUCCAGGAUAUCCUCUUCACGCUCAAGGUUGUCUACUACAGUCUCUACAGCUUCGACGCCCUCCUUUGCUUGAUCGUCAUUCCCUUUACCUACUUCUUCUACGAGGAGUACGACGAGGUCGAAGAGCAGGAGGGAAACCAGACGUUUGGCAGCAGGCUUUGGGGGGCUUUCAAGUACACCAUUGCCUUCAUACUGCUGGUCGUCAUCAUUUUCCUCGUCGGCUUCUUCGUACCCGCUGCCGGACGUCAUGAGGGCAAACACCUGGACCUGGACUUCUUCAAGCGUCUCCUGGAUGAAAACCAUGGCGAGAAGGCCAUCACGUUUGGUGUCGGAUUGUUGAUCACGCUGGGAACUUUGCUGUACAUCCUCUACACCGGUGCGGGCUUGGCGCUUCUGCCAGUUUCCUUCAUCAAGUCGGCGCCCUCUGUUUCUGCGCCACAGCUGUCGGAGAACACUGCAUCUCAGCUGGAACAGAACCGUGAGCGCCAGCGACAGCUGGAGAUGCGCAAUGCCGGUCGCCCGGAGGGCAUGUCGCAGAAGGACCGCCGCGAGCUGGAGGCUCUUGCUCGGGAAGAACGCACUCUUGUCCGUCGCGAGCGUCUGGCGGCAGAGGCUCAGGGUGAGGGCAAGAGCUUCCUCGUGAGAGCGUGGACCAAGAUCUGUGCCAUCUUCCGACCCAUCAAACUCCUCGGCGGUAUACUCCUAAUCAUCAUCGCACUGUUGACUUGGGUGUCUAUGCUCAUUACUGGCAUUGACAAGGCCGCCAACUCUGUUUGCAAGCAACACUGCGGCUACAUUCUCGCCCACGUCAAUGUCUUCCAGCCAAUCAACUGGAUCUUUGUGCAGACCGCGCGAGCGUUCCCGGUGGAUUACAUCCUGAUGGCCCUGUUGAUCGUCUUGUUCCUCAGCAGCUCCAUCUCAGGGCUGGCUUCUAUUGGCAUCCGCUUCCUCUGGCUCCGCAUCUUUCAGAUCCGCAAGGGUCGCACCGCACCCCAGGCCCUGCUUAUCGCGACUGUGCUUCUUGCACUCAUCAUUCUCGGCAUCAACUACGCGGUGGUCAUGCUGGUCGCACCCCAGUAUGCCUCUUUCGGCACCCAGACCUUCUGUGACCUCCCACCUCACCACGCAGACGAGCAGCCCAACUGCAGGAACCACCUUGAGGCGGUCCAGCCGUGCUCUGAAUGGGUCGACCGCCACUUCAGCACACAAACCUGCACGCCUACCGUCAUGAGCACCUUCCUGAACCGCGUCACGCUGACCUGGCCCGUGUUCGGAGCCAUCGACUUCUGGGCCCAGUUUGCCUUCUUGGCCGUGUUCUUGAUAGUGUUCCUAACUACCCUGUUCCGCACCCCCCAGAUGAGUCUGAGCGAGUACGACGAGGACGCCGAGGCUGAUGAGGAGGAGGGCCUGCUGGCAUCAACGUCGAGGAGGUUUGGCGCCACCUGGCAGGAUAUCAGAGGCAAGUCAGGCAGGAACGGAACCGAGCCCAGCAACGGCGAAGGAUCCCAUAACUGA